AUGAAUCUGAUAAUCCAGUUAUACACAUUGUUCGUCCUUAUUUUUACGCUAUCACAAGCGCUCGAGAGACGCAGUGUGUUCUAUGUCAAGCAUAAUUCUACCGAGAAAACGCAGAAAUCGAUUUCAUCAAGCGAUGAAAAACCCACCCUCUGGCUCAAGGAUCACGAUGCGCCCCGGAUACGACCGCAUUUCAGCUUAACCAAAACGUCCAACUUCUUGUUUGACCUCAACCGGUAUCGGUGCAACGGCCCGAUAAACGCCGACUGCAUUAACCGGACGGUGUUGUUUAGAACAAAAAUUAUUGGAGAACUCCGAAAGCGAUUAAAGGAACCAUUUACGGAUGGUAAUCACUACCAAGUACGCUACGGAAGGCCGCUAGAACCGGUGCCCAGUCCUGUCUGUCGGAUGGUACGAGCAAACGUGCGAGUUCUCUCCUGGAAGGAACCACCCUUUACGUGGAAUGAAAUCGGUAGCUACAUGCCGACGACACCAGUGUUCGGUGGCAUCACGAAUGGGAGCUGCGUCAUCGUUGCUAGUGCGGGUUCGCUGAAGCGAUCUCAGCUGGGUUCGUUCAUCGACGAGCACGACAUCGUGAUGCGGUUUAAUCAUGCCCCUACGGAGGGGUUCGAAGUGGACGUCGGCUCGAAGACUACCAUCCGUGUGGUGAACUCGCAGGUCGUUACAAAGCCCGAAUAUCGGCUGCUGACAGCACCACUGUUCCGAAAUGUCACGAUCGCCGCCUGGGACCCGGGAAAGUACGAACAAUCCCUUUCCGAAUGGCUUGCCACUCCGGACUUCAAUUUGUUCGAAAACUUUAAAAAGUUCCGCAGUAAUCAUCCACAUUCAAACUUCCACAUCAUAGACCCGCGCAGCAUUUGGAGAGCAUGGACAGCGCUCCAAGACUUAACACAAACACCAAUUCGGAAAAAUCCUCCAACGUCGGGAUUUAUAGGAUUGGGACUUUUAAUGCCCGUGUGCCGAUACAUAGACGUCGUGGAGUAUAUCCCGAGCACUCGCAUGAACGGACUGUGCCAUUACUACGAUGACGAACUAAACCUCGGAUGUACGUUCGGUGCGUGGCAUCCACUAGCGGCGGAGAAGCUUCUCGUCUUCCAAAUGAACUCGGCCGAUGACUACAGUGUCUUCCAGCAGGGUACCGUUCGCAUUCGCACCGAUCAGCUAGACCGCUGCUAGAGAGCGACGACUUCCGGCACCUGUCCGAGUCGCUCGUCGAUGAAUAAGGUGCAAUGGAAUGCUCCACCCAAACACCCGCUGGGCACGAGACGUAACGCAGCUCCAGCUAAAUGUCGUCGCUGGCGUGAAACAAUUAACAACGGCACGAAUUAAUUAAGCAAUUCAAAUCGACAGCUGAGGUCAGGACGGCGCGUGCCCGUCUGCAGCCGUCGCCCAACGCCCGGCAUUAGACAUUCCAUCCGACGGGUGUAUCUGCCUUCCAUGUCCGUCGUCCGCAAAGGAUGUGCAUCAAGAUUAGAAAUAAAGAAGCCGAGAGGG